AUGCCACCCAAAGGCAAAGACAAGCAAGGGGGCGGCUCCAAAGUCACGAUCGAUAAGACGUUUGGUAUGAAGAACAAAAAGGGAGGCAAGGGGCAAAAGACGGUCGCACUCAUCCAACAACAACAGAAGACAGCCGGCAAAUCCAAAGAGCAACUAGCCCGCGAGAAGCAGAAGGAGCAGGACAAAAAAGCGGCAGCGCAAGCGGCGAAGGAGAUUGCGGCCGAUCCGUUGUUCAACAUCAUCCAACCCAAAGUGCCUUUUGGGGUGGAUCCCAAAACGGUGACGUGUGCCUUUUGGAAAGCGGGUCGAUGCGAUAAGGGUACCAGAUGCAAAUACGGUCAUUCAAAUGAUGCAGGGAGGAAGACGGAGAAGAAGGAUCUGUACACCGACAUGCGCGAUGAAGACGAAGAGAAAAAGCUGGACACCAUGGACAAGUGGGACGAUGCCAAGUUGAACGACGUCAUCCUGUCCAAGCAUGGCAAUCCGAAAUCCACCACGGACAAGGUGUGCAAGUUCUUCCUGCAGGCGGUGGAGGAUGGCAAGUACGGUUGGUUCUGGGAAUGUCCGAAUGGUGGCGAGAAGUGCAUGUAUCGUCAUCGCUUGCCGCCAGGAUUCGUACUCAAAUCCCAAAAGAAGGAGCUAGAGGCUCUCGAACGGGCAAACGAGAUCAGUUUGGAGGACUUCCUCGAAACCGAACGCCACAAACUCGGCUCCAACCUCACCCCCGUCACCGCCGACAGCUUUGCCAAAUGGAAAAAGGAGAGAAUGGACAAGAAACAGGCCGAACACGAGAUGCUCAAGAAGAAAAAGGAGGCGCAGGCCGCAGCCAACAAGAUGGCCGGCCUGAGCGGAAGGGAGAUGUUCAGCUUGAAUCCGGACAUGUUUAUCGACGAGGACGACGAUGAUGCUGGCGAGUUUGAUUUGGAGCAGUACAUGAACAAGGAUUGGGAGCAGGGGAGACAGGAUGAGGACGAAAGGGCGGGGAUUUCCGAGGAUGAAGAGGAUGUGGCGAAUGGGGUUGGAAAGAUGGCCGUGUGA